AUGGACCGGCCAUAUUUUCAUAAUUUUCAAGACCAAACAUCUGCAGGUGGUUGUAUUAAUCAAGAUCAAUCGAUUCUUCAUCCGCAGUCUAGUGAUGUCUAUUCCCCUAAUUACUCUAGUAGCGGCGGAGCUGUCCAACAAUCCCCAUAUAUGCAUCAAAGUGCAUUCCUAACCUCCACUCCCAGCCUUAACGUGCAAUCAUUCAAUGGAAUAUCUCCGAUUCCAAAUGGUGUCGCUAGUUCUCACCAAUCUACCGACAUAUCACCACAAACUGCAUCGAUUUCUUCUCGGUCAUCUUUCUCAACUUCGAAUACUUCUUUAGAACAAAGACAUCAACCCGGAUUUUCAUAUUCACGGUCCGGAAGCAAUGGUUCUACUUCACAAUCCCAUUUCCCUGAAGGUUCUCCUUCGACUAGCUCAAUUAGAUCCCAGUUUACACCUUGUAUGGUCUGUGGUGACAAGGCUAGUGGCUACCAUUAUGGUGUUAUAUCCUGUGAAGGAUGUAAAGGUUUCUUCCGAAGGAGUAUUCAAAAGCAAAUUGAAUACAAGUGUCUACGCGACGGUAAUUGCUUAGUGGUUCGUCUGAAUCGGAAUCGAUGUCAGUACUGUCGCUUCAAGAAGUGCCUUAAAGUUGGAAUGUCCAAGGACAGCGUUCGGUACGGUCGUAUGCCACGGCGUUGUACUUCCCCUGAUCCGUCUUCAACCGGAGCUAGCAACGGAAAUUACCAACGCCCAACGUCUUCAAUCGGAAGUCCGCCACAGUUGACGCAGCAGUCUCAACAGCAGCAACAAUUAGUUCCCACAUUACCAACUCCUUCCGAUUUCUCCAAUGCUAUACUCUCCGCCUGUCGCAAACCGCCGUCUCCUGAAUUCAAACCCUUCACCCAAAUGAUCAUUAAUAUUACAAAACUGCACUACCAACAUUGUCUCUUCUCGGACUUGCGUAUGAAAGAGGUCCCAAGAGUCGAGUUUAAUUUGAUGAUGAAAAGUGAAGGCUUUCAAUCUCAACACUUGGAAAGGAAUCGUCUCUACAUGCAUGAAAAAUUGAGCGAACUUCUGGGAGUUCAUAUACAGAGUGUUGUCGAGUUCGCGAAGAAUUUGCCUCACUUCAGCUCUCUCUCCCAACCCGACCAACUUGCUCUACUCAAGGGGUCCUUUCCUGAAGUGUGGAUUGUGCAAUCUGCUCGAUUCAUCGCCUUCAGCGAUUUCAAAAUGACCAUGUAUAAUGGGGCCACUAUUAAAAGAGAGGAAUUGGAGUUUGUAUAUGGGCGCUAA